AUGGUUGGGUCCUAUUCCAAGAAGCGCAAGGUGGUCGAUGGCAUGCAGGGCAAGACCGCGCGCCCAAAGAAGUUUCGCAAGCAACGCGAAUACCACAGCAGCUCCGAAGACGAGCAGGAAGAGGACGAGGGCACUUUCAAGGCCGUGAACCUCGCUGAUUCAGAUGAGGAAGAGGAUGGAGGAGUUGCAGUGGCUAAGAGCACUGCUGGUCCAUCCAAAUUGAAAAACCCGAAGAGCAAAUCCGCCUCUACACCCCCAAAAAAAUCCGCCGCCGUCGAGGACUCGAGCGAUGAUGACGCCGAAGAGAACGAAGAUCAAGCCGACGAGGCCGACCAAGAUGCCUCUAACUCUGACGAUGACGAUGCCGAUGUCUCUGAUUCAGAGCACUCCGAUGCAGGCAACAAGCGUCGCUCAGUUCCUAAGCGCAACGAUCCCUCCGCAUUCUCAACAUCCAUCUCCAAAAUUCUGUCCACCAAACUGCCAUCAUCCGCUCGUGCCGACCCCGUUCUGUCCCGAAGCAAAAAUGCCACCCAGGCUACCAGUGAUUUUGUGGAAGAGAAGCUUGAAAAGCAAGCACGUGCGAAGCUGCGUGCCGAAAAGAAGGAAGAGCUCGAUCGCGGCCGUGUUCGCGAUGUGAUGGGUAUCCAGAGAGGUCUUGCCGGUCCCGUUCAAGAGGAGGAGAAGCGAUUGCGCAAGAUGGCCCAGCGGGGUGUUGUAAAGCUGUUCAAUGCCGUGCGCGCUGCCCAGGUCCGUGGCGAGGAGGCUGUGAAGGACGAGCGCAAAAAGGGAACCGUCGGCAUGGGAGAGCGAGAGAAAGCCGUCAACGAGGUCAGCAAGCAAGGAUUCCUGGAACUGAUCAACGGGAAGAAGGGGAAGCCGCUCAAUAUCGAGGAGGCCUAG